AUGAAUCGGGUGGCGAAUGUGGUAGUGUAUCAUUACAUUGCCUCCAUCCCUCAUGGAACUAGCUUUGACUCGGCGUACUCCGCGAUUGGUGAUCGAUUCUUCACAGCAGCAACUGGAUCCUUUGGUCCUCCUGUGUCUCCAUUACCUCGCGCAAGUAUUCUUCUGAACGGUAUUACACUCACCGACGUCGACAUUGCCGAAACACCCACACCCCUCCAACCGCUCGCCACUCUCCAUCCUAUCCGUUUCAACUUCCUGUGCGAAUUUCUGUGCCUUCACCGAUACGGAGUCCAGCGACCACUCACUGAAUACGCGUGCUCUUCCAUCCUAUCCCUCGAAGCAUCUGUUCCGCUUGCCUCUUACCCCAGCACCCUUCGAGACUAUCCCCUGACUGAAGUUCUCCUACUUGCACAUCCUUUGGUACUACCCAACGUGGUGAAAGUUCCGCCACUGUCAACAAGAACUGUCUCUUUCACGACCUAUUGUAUCUCAGGGUGGAAAUCCAAAGCACCUCAAAAUAAGGCUGCUAUCGGUGAAACGGGUAGUCGACGUAUCCAGUUCCACCUCAUUAGAUAUUGUCUUGCGCCGCCACUUCAACCUCGCCUGAAUAUUGGACGUGCGUCGUUCAUCUUCCUCUGCGCCGCUGGUGGCACCUUAGCAGACUUCGUGGGAACCUAUGGGUUGCUUGCGUUCUCGGUUUCGUCAAGCGAGGUGGCAGAUCAAACAUUCCACAAAUCCUUCUUAAUGGUUUGUCAUGCCAAAUUCGGGACAUAG